AUGUCUACCGAUACCAGGUACUUUAACAGCUCGAGGCUGAUGUCAGCUUCUGGCAAAAACAAGACGAAUGGUGUCACAAGAUUAGAUAAGAAGCGAACUCAGGCAGAGAAGAAGAAUAAAAUGAGGCAGGAGACUGUGGUUAUACCGCAGCCGCAACUGUUGCCGAAUGGUGGGAAACCAGACUUUGGUCACUCGAGCUCAAGAAGAAAGCAGAGGAGUAGCAGUUCUGGAAGGCACGUCUCUUCGUCAGAUCCUGAGGCUAGAAAGAGCGGUGAAAAGCAGGCUAAUACCCAACAGGUGACGGAGGAUCUCAAACAGCUGUUCUUGAAGCCAGAAGAUGGAAGUUCGAAAGGCAAGACGAAAGGCAGCGGUGAAAAAAGUCGCAAAGCGAAGCAAGGAAGACCGGCUACAUCGCCAUCGAGCUCAGAAAAUCGUUCUGUUGGGUUUCAAUCGCCUGAUUUGCAUACAGCACCCAUUCGCAGCCCACUUCAAGGCCACAAUCCUGUAAGCUCCCCAGUCUUUGUAGGUCCGGGUCUUUAUCCGCCUCCUUCACCAUCCUCGGCACCACAGAAAACGUAUCAGGGAUUUCUUGGACACGCUUAUGGAAAUUAUUCCCUGGCAUCUCCAGCUCCAGGUCCACACUUUAUGGCUCCCCAGGCACCAUUAAUGAACCCGUUAUAUCCUCAGCUGCCAUUGACGCAGUUACCGGUCAUGUACAAGGCAUUGGAUAUCCAGCAGCAGCAACAACAGGUUAUGUCUGGUUAUCCCCCUCAAAACUACCAUCACUAUCAGUCCCAGCAUCCACAGCAUCCACAGCAAUUCAAUCUCUCAAAUUUGGGCAUACCCUACUCGCUACCUGUAUCAGCAUCCUAUUGUAAUGGCUCACCAGUGACUGCAGUCAAACCUUUGGAACAAGAAAAACCAAGAAAAAAAACAAAAGACAAAACCAAUGCGACGAACACUUGCUUUGCUGGUGCGUCUUUCGCGUCGAGCGAUCCAAAGGUAACCAACCUCCCCAAGCCCAGCUUCACGAAAGCUUGA